AAUGCCUCGGGGUGAGCCGUGGCAGUUCAACGGCUUCCAUUUUACGGCAGUGAAGGAAGGAAAGAGGCCAAGGAGAGAGGAUGAACCAGGCCCAGAGCCUGCUGAUCGAGGGCUUGACCAGCACCAAACAUGUGGCCCACGCCGCCAUCAUCAAGAUAGAAGACGGGAGCAUCUUGGCGACCACGCCGGGCUUCGGCAUCCAGAGCCAGGCCUCGGUGUUCGUCCAGGCCUUCUUCCAAGACCUGCUCCAGAUCCGACGGGAAGGGCUUUACUUCAAGGACCAGUACUACAAGUGCGCGCGGGCGGACGACAACGCAAUCUAUCUGAAAGGGAAAGACAACGGCCUCGUCUUGGUUAAGACCAAGUCGUUGGUGUUGGUGGGGACCUACUCCCAAGGCAUGUACCCCAGCGUCUGCGUGGAAGCGGUGGAGAAGCUGGCCGACUACUUCCGGGAAAAGGGCAAUUGAAGGCCUCCGGAGAAGGCCUUGAAGGUGGCGCCAUGAUGCUCCGAAUGGAGAAGCCAGAUGAGAAGCGGAGGGAGGCCCAACUCUUGGCUGGAACUCCAGAUUCUUCUGAACCUAAACUGAUCUGGAAGCAUCAAUAGCAGAACUUUAGCAAUUGGGGGGAAAAAACUCAGGAGAAAGACCUCUGGAGAAGGUCUUGAAGAUGGUGCCACUAUGCUCCAGAUCAACUGGGAAGUGGAAGGGAAACCCAACUCCCGGCCGGAAUUCCAGAUCCUUCAGAGCCUAAACUGAUGUGAAGGCAUCGCUUACAGAACGUUAGCAAUGAGAAAAUGAACUCAAGAGUGUAGGUUAGUAGAAAAGGCCUUGAAGAUGGAGCCAUUAUGCUCCGGAUCAACCAGAUCGAGAAGCAGAGGGAGACCCAACUCUCGACCGGAACUCCGGAUUCUUCCGAGCCUAAACUGAUCUGAAGGCAUUAAAUUCCAAAACUUUUAGCAGCGGGAAAAAUUAACUCAAAAGUGUGUUAGCAGAAAAGCUUCUUGAGAAGGCCUAGAAGACGAUGCCAUUAUGUUCCGGAUCGACAGGAUCGAGAAGCUGGAUGAGAAGUGGAGGGAGGCCCAACUCUCGUCCGGAACUCCAGAUCCUUCCGAGCCUCAACUGAUCCGAUUUCGUCUUAUUUGGGAUGGAAAGAACUCCUGAUUAA